AUGGACCUUUUAAAUAUUCUGUUUGGUAAAGAACUCAACACAUCCUAUUCUGAACAAACCAUUCUGAAAUGUUUGGAAUUCAAAUUGGAACAGGAAAGAACAAAACAACAAUUCUAUAAAUUGGAAAACUUGAACAAGAGUUUGGAAAUUUAUAAACUCAUGCAUGGCUGCACACCCACCACAACCACUGCUCCUCCGCCCAAGCCUUACAAGUUCCCUCCAGAGAAUAAUCGUGUGUCAAAAAGAACUUCGUCCCCAGCAAAGAUUGGAUCUAGAGGUGUAGUUCAAUUGAAUCAAAAAUUAUCGCUUCAUGAAACUGGGCUCGAAGAUGAAGAUGAAACUCUCACCCCCAUCACAAUCAAUCAAACAACAAACGGUUAUGAUUCGUUCAAACAAUCACCCUUGCAAGCACACAAGAGAAACUUGUCAUUGCCAAGUUUAAAUAAAUUGUAUAUCCCAGAUACUACUCAAUCCCCCACCACCAUCACAGCUUCAGCACAAUCCCCCACUGGACCUCUACGGAAACACCACCCUUAUUCUCGUGGUAGAUCACACACUCGUAGUCAAAGUACGACUAUAGACUUGAAUGAAAUAAUACGAAGGACAAAUUUAUAA